CUCAUAUUUCUUUCUCAAACCUCCUGCUUUGUAUAAAUACUAGCAUAUCAGCUUCUAGCUGCAAUCCCGACUAGACCAGAUCCGAAAAACCAGGGGGAGGAGAAGGAGAAAGGGAAAGAGGGCCACCGUUAAAUUGCAUUAAACAUGCCAUUCUCUCCUCUCUGGGUCUUAAACUGGAUGUCUACUGGUCUUGUGCAAGUUUCGUACCAGACAACACGUGAAAAGAUCUCCUCCUAAAUUUGCCUUCCUUUUCGCAAGCGAUUCCACCGAGUCAACUGAUAUUGAUGCGUUUCUGAAUUUUUAAAUGAUUGUCAGCCGUAGGAAACUCGGAUACCCCCAUGCAUUUUAAUUUGGGUCGAAGAAAGUCUGAAACUGCGCUUGAGCGACUACAAGAUACCAAGACCGAUUAAACUUUUUGAAAGGAAAUAUUGCGACUGCUUUUGGUCUCGGGAUUGCUGAGAUAGUGUAAAAUGCACCUACUUGGAUUAUCUCUUUUUCUCGUCUAUGCAGUGUUUCUUUACAGAGACUUCGCUUUUGAAUCAGGUCAUGAUUAUUACGACUAUGAUCAAGAUCAAGGAGAUACGAAGGACCAUGCCACACCAGAUCUAGAAGAGCGUUUGCGGUCUGUGUCCAGCGUUGAUGAGCUCAUGAAAAUAGUCUAUCCAAAUUACUGGACUAUGUUAAAAUGUCAGUCAAAACGAGGAGGGCGUAUGCAUUUCAGAGAUCAAGGUGCCUCUGACUCAAGAACAGAGGAGCCCUUGAUAUUUGCUGCAGCAUUUUAUAACUUUGAAAUUUUAAAAAGUAUUGAAUCUGAGUGGAGAAAGACCCUGUGCAUGCCACGAGAAGUUUGUUUAGAUGUGGGAAAAGAGUUUGGGGCUGCAACAAACACCUUCUAUAAACCACCCUGCGUGUCUGUCUACAGAUGUGGGGGCUGCUGCAACAGUGAGGAGUAUCAGUGCAGGAACCUUAGUACUUCUUACAUCAGCAAAACACUAUUUGAAAUUACCAUACCACUGUCUCAAGAACCAAAACCAGUGACAAUCAGCUUUGCCAACCAUACCUUGUGCCGCUGCUUGUCAAAACUGGAUGUUUUCAGACAAGUCCAUUCAAUCAUUAGGCGGUCUCUACCAGAAUGUCACGCUACAAACAAAACGUGUCCAAAGAAUCACAUUUGGAACAAUAACAUAUGCAGAUGCGUGAUACAACAUGACUUCAGUUUUCCUUCGCAAUACUCAGGACCUCGUUCAUUCGGUGGAUUUGAUGAUAUCUGCGGACCAAACAAAGAACUCGAUGAGGAAACGUGUCAGUGUGUGUGUAAGGGACGCCAGAGGUCAUCCAGCUGUGGGCCUAACAGAGAACUGGACGGACAUUCCUGUCAGUGCGUUUGUAAACUGCUUCCAACUGCAUGUGGACCUAACAAGGUUUUCGAUAAGGAUACAUGCCAGUGUGCUUGUACAAAGGUCUGUCCAAAAAAUCAACCUCUAAACCCCACAAAAUGCGCCUGUGAAUGCACAGAAUCUCCAAACAAAUGUUUUCUGAGAGGAAGAAGGUUUCAUCACCCAACAUGCAGUUGCUACCGGCCACCGUGUGAAGUUCGGCGAAGACGGUGCGAACCAGGGUUUUAUUUUAGUGAGGAAGUUUGCCGCUGCAUACCGACCUACUGGAGGAGACUGGAUUGAACACGUGCGAACACUUGGAGACAUUUUGGUCUGAAACUGACUAUGAAAUUGACAGACAAAAAAUGUGCACUGUUUGGAAUUCCGCUAUAGGGCCACAGUUGGCCCAAUGGAGAGAGACGCGUUUGUGCUUUUCCUUGAGUGAAAAAAAUGGGAAACAAUUGUAAACAAUAGUGUUGAUAUGAAAGUCUUACAAAGAACUUAAAAUGGCUCUCUAAAAGUGGACUAAUGGAGUGAGCCUUUUUUUUUCAGAUAAUGAUUAUAUAAUUUAUUGUCUAAAUAUUUUUCAACAUUCUUGUGCAUAGUAAUUUCAAUCCUUUAAAAGAAAAUACACUGUGAUCAAUAUUUUUGUAU